UUAGAAGGUUCUCGACGAACAGCGCCAUUUUGCGCUUGACUCGGAUAGGAGUGGUUUCGGAAAGAGCGACGUAGUCGUAUUCAUUUCAGUUUCGCAUUGCCAUCGUUCGAAAAACAGUAGACUGUUGUAUACCAGGGAGCUUAUUUCGUUUCAGAUGCGUCAGUCCAGCCGAAUGCGUUCCCCGGGCAGAUGGCUCGCCGAGAACAGCUUGGAGGAGAAGCUGGAGACCCGGAAACGACGGAAGAGAGACUCGCAUAGCAGCGAGAGAGAGAACAAAUACCAGAAACGGCACCACCACAGAACACGCGAAGGGCACUGCCUGGAGCCGCGGACGCAGAAUGAGUGGGCGGCGCCUAAAGACAGCGAGGCCGGCGACGCGGACCGCGCCUGCAAGCGCUCCGGGCGGGACCGCGACUGGCACCACUACAGCAAGUCCUCCGGGAACAGCCGGCGCAGUCGCCGUAGCAGCAGCCGCCGCCGUCGCCAUAGCAGCAGCAGCAGCAGCAGCCGCCGCCGACGCCACCGUCACCGUGGGCGACGCUGCAGCCCCCCCCGCCCACGCUCCCGCUCGAGGAGUCAUCGCAGGAAAAGAUCCAGGAGUUUUGAGGAUGAUGACGAGGGUCACCUGCUCUAUCACAGUGGACACAUGCUGAGAGGAAGAUAUGAGAUUAUGUGCACCUUAGGCGAGGGAGCCUUUGGGAAGGUGGUGGAAUGUCGGGACCAUUCAAAGGGCGGAGCUCGCGUGGCCGUGAAGAUCAUUAAAAAUAUCGACCGCUAUCGAGAGGCGGCCAUGUCCGAGGUGGAGGUGCUGGAGCAGAUGAACUCGGUGGACUGCGACCGGCGCUACGCCUGCGUGCGGAUGCUGGACUGGUUCGAUCACCACGGUCACGUCUGCAUCGCCUUCGAGCUGCUCGGCCUCAGCACCUACGACUUCCUGAAGGAGAACGGCUUCCUGCACUUCCCCAUGGACCAGAUCAGACACAUGGCCUACCAGAUCAUACGGGCCGUACGCUUUCUGCAUCGCAACAAGCUCACUCACACCGACCUGAAGCCUGAGAACAUCCUCUUCGUCAACUCGGACUACCACAUGGAGUACAAUUCAGACAUGAAACGGGACGAGAGGACGGUGAAGAACCCGGACGUGAAGGUGGUGGAUUUGGGGAACGCCACCUACGACCACGAUUACCACACGUCCGUGGUGUCCACACGGCACUACCGGGCCCCCGAGGUCAUCCUGGGGCUGGGGUGGGACCGGUCGUGCGAUGUGUGGAGUCUGGGCUGCAUACUCAUCGAGUAUUACCUGGGACAGACGCUCUUUCAGACCCACGACAGUAAGGAGCACCUGGCCAUGAUGGAGCGGGUGUUGGGGCCCAUCCCCCCUCACAUGCUGCAGCGGACCAAGAAGCGCCGCUACGUGCGCCAUGACAGGCUGGACUGGGACGAGCACAGCUCCUCUGGGAGAUACGUCAGGAAGCACUGCAGGCCUCUCCGGCAAUUCAUAUCGUCCAAGAGCGGCGAGCACGAGCAGCUGUUCGACCUGAUCCAGAAGAUGAUGGAGUACGAGCCGUCCAAGAGGAUCACCCUGGAGCAGGCCAUCAAGCACCCCUUCUUCCACCCGCUGAGGAAGGCCAAGAGGAAGUGACCCGCCCUCUGAAGGAGGCCAGGAGGAAGUGACCCGCUGACUCGCUGCUCUCACUGACGACUCUCCACGAGAGACUCCUACAGACUGCAUCAGUCCGCCCUGCCAAACACCCUCACCCGCUCUGCCAUUAUUUAUUCCGUCAUCUCAGGAAAUGUAAAUGUGUGCUUUGUUGUAAAAAGAAAUGUCCUUGUUUCCUGUAUUUGAAUUUUUACCUUUUGGAAAAUUGUAGAAGUUGUACAAUAAAGAUAAUGUAGUAUCAAA